AUGGCUGCAUCACUAGCGCGGCUUACCUCGCUGUCCACUCAGACGCUGUCCCUCCUGCUAGAGCGCCAGCGGCUUCAGAAUAUACCCUCAAACUCGACAUCCCUACACACGCCUCAGAUCGUCAAGAACCUCCAACAAUUGCGGGCCGGAAUCCUGGAGCUUGAGGAGAAGGAGGGCGUGUCAGAAGCAACGAAACUUCUGCGGACACAACAUGAGCGCAUGCGAGGGAUGCUUGGCGGGGACGCGGACGCGGGCGAUCCUGCCGACCGCAGAUGCGAAGAGCCACAGGCCGAAACCAUGAGCUCGAACGCGUCCUCGUCCUCAAUACCUACGCCUGCGGCCCCCCCUCCUGCACCACCCACCUCCACCGAAGGGCACCGUUAUGCGCCAUAUACGGACGAUCCGGAGGCCGGUUAUACCGACGAGGAUAUGCUGCUCCAGCAGCGGCUGAUCAUGGACGACCAGGAUGUACACCUGGACGAGCUCUCGCGCUCUAUCACACGACAACGGGACCUCUCGCUGCAGAUCAACGACGAGCUGGAUGUUCACACGGGCCUGCUGGAAGGGUUGGACCAUGAUCUGGACAGGACGGACAGUAGGCUGACCGGUGCGAGACGGAGGCUCGACCGAGUCGCCAAAGGAGCUAAGGAGAACGGCUCUACCGUCAUGAUCGCGCUGCUUAUUCUUGUGCUCCUCAUACUCAUCAUUGUUUUCAAGACAUGA